UUUCAACCCUUCUUCUUUCAGAGGUUUCACAUGGAUGGGAUCUCUGAUUUUGAUUUUUGAUUUGCAAAACUUUGGAACUUGGAACUUGUUUUAAAUUUUUGAACAUUCUUGUCUUGUCAUUAUUUGUAUCUGGAAUUUUGUGGUGAUUAUAAAACACGGCUACACCUAGCCGUGUGGGUUUAUAAAGUUUAAAGUUUGACGCUUGUCGGUAAAACAAUGCUUCGGUCCAGUUUAAGUUUAUUGAAACAAAAGGGACUUUUGGAGUGUUUUUCUAACCUAAACGUGGGGCCCAUUUGUAGUCGAUUUGUUCAUGGUGGGGGUGGUGGUGGUGGAAUUUUUAGCAGUUGGGGAAAUGCUGAUUAUAAUAGAACGGGUGGUCGUUUUAAUUAUGAAGGGAGGACCGGCCUUCAGGUUCAGCAGGUUCGACAUGGUCACAAGUAUGUCGUACAGGACUUAAGUGUCCUCUGGUAUCGGAGACGACGUAAGGCGAUGCAACAACGGCUGAAAGUGCUCAACCCCUCCUCUCCAGUUAUCGAACAUCAAGAUCCACUCCCCCAAACGAAUGAAGGAAGAUAUCCACCUAAUUUAUUUCCAGAAGAAGGGAUGGAGCAAGUUAAAGAUUAUGCCAAGGAGGAGGAAGAAAAGAGAGGAGUAGUUGCGGAAAUCAAUCGACAAAUGGAACAGAAACAAAGACUUUUCGCCAUCAUCAACAUUAAAGGAAAACAAUUUAAAGUUACGCCGGAAGACAUUAUCAUUAUUCAAGGCUACUGGGCUCCCGAUAUUGGGGAUAGAUUGCGUUUACAUAAAGUGCUGCUAUUAGGUGGGAGUGAUUUUACAUUGCUAGGUCGACCUAUAUUAGAUAACAGCUUGUUUCGAGUGGAGGGAACCGUAAUUGAGAAGAAACUCUCCUAUACAAAGCUACAUUUUAGGCUCAAGAAGCGAAAAAAUUUUAGAAGACUUAAAUUCAGCAGGGACCCUUACACAAUGCUCCGCAUCAACAUGGUCGAACUAAUAUAUCCAAUCUCCUCUCUUACUGAAGUCGUUGAAAAAGAACCAGAAAUUGUAGAAGGACGAUUCAACAUUGCCAUGCAGGAGUGACAGCCUAAUAAUUUAUUUGUAUAACUGAUAGAUAAUGAUUUUUGUUUGCGUGAAUGUUAUGCAAAAAAUUGGAUGAUAUCCGAGGUUGUUUUUGCAUAAACUAAGUCAUUUAUUAGAAUACCUAGUGGACUGUAAACUUUUCAACAAAUUUUGGAAAUGAGAAUUGUUAUUAACAAAAAAAUGAUACCAAAUUUGGUUGCCAAAUUAUUUAGUUUUAAAAAGCUCCGUAGAUAAAUUAUGCAUCGUAUAAAGAUAUAAAUACUACUCAUUAGGUUUACAUCGCAAAUUCAAGGAAAUAGUAAAACUCGGUAAUUAAUGAGAUUAAGUAUAACAUAGGAAACAGAAAUAAGGGCAAAAUGCAGAUAAUAUGUAGAUAGACGACCACGGUCAUCGUCCUAUGUAAUCUGAAAUACGAUUUCUUCAUUGGUCCACAGAUGUUCAACAACCCUCACGGUAGGAAGUGUGAGGGUUGCUGAUUUCAUUUUGCAUUUUCCUCCCGACUUUCGUCUUUCGUC